AUGUGGUGCAUUGUCUUGUUUUCCUUUUUGGGAUUGAUUUGUGCUGAGCCUGCCAUGUAUGGGGAGAUCCUGUCCCCUAACUAUCCUCAGGCAUAUCCCAAUGAGAUAAAGAAAUCUUGGGAUAUAGAAGUUCCUGAAGGUUAUGGGAUUCACCUGUACUUCACCCAUCUGGACAUGGAGCUCUCAGAGAACUGUGCAUAUGACUCAGUACAGAUCAUGUCAGGAAACUUUGAAGAAGGGAUACUCUGUGGACAGAGAACCAGCAAGAAUCCCAACUCCCCAAUUGUGGAAGAGUUCCAAGUUCCGUACAAUAAACUCCAGGUGAUCUUUAAAUCAGACUUCUCCAAUGAAGAACGUUUCACUGGAUUUGCUGCAUACUAUGUCGCUGUGGAUAUAAAUGAGUGCACAGAUUUUGCUGAUGCACCCUGUAGCCACUUCUGCAACAACUUCAUUGGUGGUUACUUCUGCUCUUGCCCCCCAGAAUACUUCCUCCAUGAUGAUAUGAAAAGUUGCGGAGUCAAUUGCAGUGGAGAUGUAUUCACUGCACCAAUUGGGGAGAUUACAAGUCCCAAUUAUCCCAAUCCAUACCCUGAGAACUCAAGGUGUGAAUACCAGAUCUUUUUGGAGAAGGGGUUUCAAGUCGUGGUGACUGUGAGGAGAGAAGAUUUUGAUGUGGAACCGGCGGAUUCAAAUGGAAAUUGCCCUGACAGUUUAGUUUUUGUUGCAGGAAAUGAACAAUUUGGUCCUUACUGUGGUAAUGGAUUCCCUGGGCCACUGAAUAUUGAAACCCGUAGUAAUGCUCUUGAUAUCAUCUUCCAAACUGACCAGGAUGGACAGAAAAAGGGUUGGAAGCUUCGUUACCACGGAGAUCCAAUCCCCUGUCCUAAAGAAUUCAUUGCCAAUUCUGUUUGGGAGCCUGAGAAAGCAAAAUACGUGUUUAGAGAUGUGGUGAAGAUAAUCUGUUUGGAUGGGUUUGAAGUUGUGCAGGGGAAUGUUGGCUCAACCUCUUUCUAUUCUACUUGUCAAAACGAUGGAAAGUGGAGUAAUUCUAAGCUGAAAUGUCAACCUGUGGACUGUGGUGCUCCUGAACCCAUUCAGAAUGGUAAAGCCAAAGAUCCAGGAGAUACUUUAUUUGGUUCUGUCACUCAAUACACUUGUGAGGAGCCAUAUUACUACAUGGAAAAUGAAGGAAGUGGGGAGUAUCGCUGCACUGGUAAUGGGAGCUGGGUGAAUGAGGUGCUGGGCACAGAGCUGCCGAAGUGUGUUCCAGUCUGUGGAGUCCCCAGUGAGAUCUUUACAGGAAAACAGAGGAUAUUUGGAGGAUCCAAGACAAAAAUUCAGAGUUUCCCCUGGCAAGUUUUCUUCUCUAACCCAUGGGCUGCUGGGGUUCUCAUUGAUGAGCACUGGGUAAUGACGGCGGCCCAUGUUGUGGAGGAAAACCGGAACCCAACAAUGUAUGUUGGCUCCACGUUAGUGCGUACCUCAGUUCUGGAAAAUGCCCAGAUGCUCACUGCUGAGAAUGUGAUUAUUCAUCCUGGUUGGGAAAUUCUGGAUGUUUCAGGAACACGAAAGAAUUUUGACAAUGACAUUGCACUAGUGCGGCUGAGAGACCCAGUGAAAAUGGGACCCACUGUCUCCCCCAUCUGCCUGCCAGGCACUACCCCAGAAUAUAGCCCCUCAGUGGGAACCCUGGGACUUAUCUCAGGCUGGGGCCGAACAGAGUCAAGAGAUCGUGUUGUCCAUCUCUACGGGGCAAGGAUACCUAUAGCUCCCUUACAAAAGUGCCGGGAGGUGAAGCCGGAAAAUUCCAAAGUGAAUAUAAGGAGCUAUAUUUUCACAGAUAACAUGAUCUGUGCUGGAGGCGAAAAGGGGGUUGAUAGCUGUACAGGUGACAGCGGUGGGGCCCUUGCUAUACAGUACCCCAAUGAAGAGAACCCUAAAUUCUAUGUAGCUGGCCUGGUGUCCUGGGGACCCCAAUGUGGGACUUAUGGGAUCUACACAAAGGUGAAAAACUACAUUGAUUGGAUAAAGAAGACUAUGCAAGAAUAUAGUAACCCCAAUAUGGACUAA